CAUGAGGUAACCCCACUUUCUUGAAGGCUUUACCUUUACCGAUCAAGAAGCUCGCAAGUGAAGUUUCGAGAAGUUGACGUUGAGGACGAUGACAUCACAUCAAAUUUUGGUUUUGUUGCCAAGCAGAGGGGAGAAGUUGGUAUUUAGUUUCAACAGACUUUAAUAGGUCUCUAUUUUAUUAAUUUGUGCACAAAAAUGGAUGAGGUGGAAAUUGAGAGGGAAACUAUAUAUUUGCUGCAAAAUGCAAAUAAAAUUUGUCGGUUGUGUCUUGACCUGAACCAGAAUAACCAAUGCAUUUUUCGUGCAAGCGACACUGACCCCGAAAACACGAACGGUUUGGAUUUGGUUAAGAAAUUACUUCUCCAAGGCGGUAUCGAGAUACUAAAAGAUGAUGGUCUUCCAUCGAGCAUCUGCCUAACAUGUCUUUCAAAAGUUAAUGCAGCUCACGAGUUCAGAGAGCAGUGCCAAAUAGCAGAUAGAAGACUUAGAAGAGCUUAUGAAAAGCUUCAGAUAAAUUUAAAUUUAGACUCAAAAGCAUCCCAAAAAACUCAGUCAUCACAAACUGAAGGUAAAAUUUUAUUGUUCGUUAAGAACGAAGAAGAUGAAAUCGAGAAACCUAAUUCUCCAAAAAGUGAUCACUCUAACAGUAAUUCAAAAACAAGUAGUGAAGACGGCGUGAAAUACAAUCACAAUUGCGAUCCAGAAUUGAAUAGUAAUAGUGCAUCUGUUACGAACGAAUUGACGAACAAAGACGAUAGUCCUCAACUGGAAAAAGAAAAUGCCCCAUUUAAAAGAGAUGGUUGUAAGACAAGAAAAAUGACUCUGUUCAAGAGAGUGACAUCUAUGGAAAAUUUGAAAAGUUUUAAGGAAAGACAGAGAAAGUAUAUAAAGAAAAACACCAAUACGAGACCUGAAUCAAAUGAAAUGGCCUUUCCCGUGGGAACGAGGGUGCGAAAUGCUAAUCAAAGAUUAAGCAACGAAGUAACAGAACAACGUUAUGAAUGCACCGUAUGUAACAGUACUUAUUCCAGUAAGCGAGCUUUGGAUAAACACUCAUUGGUUCAUGACGACAAAAAGUUCAAAUGCGAAAAGUGUGAGAGGGAGUUCUUGCGACUUGAGAAACUGUUAGAACAUUCCAAGUUGCACCAUUCAAAAGAGAAACCUAAACCCGUACGCUGUAAGAUUUGUGAAAAAAGUUUUAAAAAGACAGAUACGAUGGUAAGACACUUGAACGUUCACAAGAGAGCGAAUCCCAAAGAGGUAUUUUCCAUUCUCAAGGAAAUCAGAGAUAGAAGAAAAAUGGAUAAUUGUAUUAAAACUAUUGAAGAAAAUGAUCAGUCUGUAAUUAACGAAUCAAUUUCUAUUGAGACGGAGACAUCAUUAAAAGAAGGGAACAUUUGCGCUAAGGAACUCAAAAAAUGUGGGACAGAUUCUCAGCCGAAACAAGAUAACCGAUCCAAUAUUUUGAAUUCGGAUUCUAAUAGUGAGAGUGAAUCAAAUUAUUUAAAUGAUGCGUCACUGUUUCGUUGCAAGAUUUGCACAAAAUGCUGCACUACCGAAAAGACCUUACAGAGGCAUAUGCUCAUACAUGAUGAUAAAAAAUUCUUUUGCAAUGUCUGCAAUAUGAAGUUCUUCCGACCGGAUAGACUGAAAAGUCAUAGAGACAGGUACGGACACAACGAGGAUAAAGUUUCUGAACCAGAAAAGCCUCCAGAUGACAAGUCUGCCAUAAAAUUAAUUAACAGUUGGAUAAGAGAAGAAUUGGACUCUGACAACGAAGGCAAGGGUUUUCCCUGCGACCUUUGCGGAAAAUCUUACGUUACGAAGAAAUCCUUAGCUAAACAUCGGGCAAAUGCUCACGAGUCUCAAGAAAAUUAUUGCAGUAACUGCGGGACAGUGUGCGUCUGCGAAGAUAAGCCAAAAGAUCAUGUAAAAGCAGAAAAAAGUAAAAUCUACACCUGCGACGAGUGUGGUAAAUCCUUCGAAAAAGAGAGCAAGCUGCAAAAACACUUGAGGAUUCACGAGCGCGCUAAAGAACAAGAGGAUGCAAAUUUCAAGAGGUUCCUUUGCCACAUCUGCAGCAAAACUUUUAGACAAAACACAGGACUUAUGUUCCAUAUGAGAACACAUACGGGUUACAAACCUCACGUCUGCAAACAUUGCGGUCGUGGAUUUACCUCCAACUCUAAUUGCAUCAACCACGAAAGAACGCACACUGGAGACAGGCCCUUUGUUUGUCAAUAUUGUAGCGCUGCUUUCGCUAAAUCUUGCACUUUAAAAGCACACAUAACAACGCAUACCGGAGAGGCGAAUUACCAUUGCAAAACUUGUGGCAAAUCCUUCAGGAGAUUAAAGUACUUGAAGGAACAUAAGUUUACGCACACUGGCGAAAAGCCUUACGCUUGUAAAAUCUGUGGUACGGCCUAUAGCCACUCAGGUAGUUUAUUUGUACACGAGAAAAAAUGUAAAGCCCAGUAUAGCAAUUUUCAGUCGGCUUCCUCUCAAAACGUACAAAACUUUUGCCAACCCCAGACCAAUAUUGUAACAUCUUCGAUCGGCACGCCUUUGAUAACUGCAUUACCUCCGACUUCUCAUAUGGGGAAUAUGAACAACUCUUUGGGUGUGCAAGCUAAUAAACAUUAUUUAGAAAGUGUUCAAAGAAUGAACACUCAUGCUGCUACAGCUGCAGUUGGAAGUGCAGGAUUACAUGCUCACGCAAAUACAGAUGUAUCUGAUAUGGCGUCUGCAGUGAGGAAUUUCUCUAUAAUUGGGCAGAUGUUCCACUAGCGAAACAACUCCAUUAGCUGGAAUAUUAAAACAAGUUGUGGAUUGCAUUUUUAGUAGAAACAUAUAGAAUAGUGUAAUUCCAUUUUAAGACUAUACAGCAUAGACAAAAAGUUCUCAUAAAUCCAACUUUCAAUUUAAAACAAAAGAACUGCUCCGGAAGUAUUCUAGUAUAUAAUUGAGGCAGAGUGAGUUUUCAUAAAAACCAUUAAAUGAAGAAUACGAUGAUAAAACAGUAAACAAUGGUUUUAAAACUAUCCUGAUUUUUCGGAGUUCUCGUUUGCAUGAUUUCAAUGCUAAUGUGCAUUAAAGAAUGUUACAUUAGAUUGCUUUUGGAUAGUUUUACUAGUUUUUGUACUGCUUACCUGAAAAUCUAAAACUAAACCCAGAUAUGUAUACUGAAAUUUUAUAAAUGGAUUACUUAUUCGUCCAGCUUUUCAGUAGUAUUAACUCUUUGGUGAAGGUGUUGAUUAGUCCAUAGUUUCAGUUUGGUAGAAUUUUAAUUGAAAACAAAAUUACAAAAAAUUACCAUAAAUCAUAUUUAAUAUUAGAUUUGAAAACCGCCAUUAGACAGAGACUACGCACGAAAUGCGCGUUAGCGAGAAUUGCAGCGUUUUAAUUAGUGGCAAUGUUCAAAACUCUGGCUAAGUCGUAUCCCCGUCAAGUAUCCGGAUCAUACUAGUUUUCGAAUUUAGUGAUUUUGCAUUCAAUUUAGAUUAUUAUGGCAAAAUGAAAUUGCGAAAUAAUCAAUUUAAAUAUAUUGUACAUAAAACAACAUCUCAAUUAAGGAGAGAGAAAAUCAAGAGAGGUGCAAAUGCCUUAGAAGGGAGUGGCGAGAGUUUAUCUAAUGACUUUUAAUGGACCGUCAUAUGUAGUAUGUGCUCUUAGAUGGUAGCACUUCGUUGGUGAAAAUAUGAACUGGUUUUUUAUAUGCUGAAUCAUUUUUGUUAUCGGUGAAUAUAAAAAAAUUAAGUUACUGAUUGAAUGGAUAAAUUAAAGUAACUAUAUGAAAGGUAUACGUGCGUACAAGUAAUUGCUACACCUGUGAUUGCAGCAUUCAUCUUCAGGUAAUGAUGUUAUUUUGUUGACCAGGGUUUGUCGGUCCGGAAAUUUUCCCAGACUUGUCGUAUUUUUUCUCGUUUCUACAGAAAAUUAUUUUCCCAGUGAUCAACAAAAAUUAAUAUCAGAAUUUAAAUCGCCUUCAGAUCUUCACUAAGACAGGUGUUCAGGUCUUUGUUAAGGUUAAUUAUAAUUAAUCUUAGCGAAGACAAAUCGUAAGCUAUUGUAAUAAUUAUUUUUAUAACCUCCGACUCAUGUUUUGAGCUCGAUUCGUACUACGAACGUCACACUGGACGCAAUCACUUGUUGUACACGCUUUGAUUCCAAAUAACUAUUUGAACUGCUGUAACCAUAAGGGGUGCAUCCCUGGUCGUGUGCAACUUGUAGCAGACGACGCUUGCUGCAAACUAUGAUGGGUUUCGAAAUAGAACACGUACAUAAUAAAAUAAAUUUCUUGUAACUUUCCCACUGUAAAAGGUAGUAAUAAUCCGACCCACUCUCGAAGUGCAAUUUUUUCGCGCGAACGAAAAUAUCCUGCUUGCAAUGUGUUGAAUUUACAUUUACGUUAUUUUGAGAUUCUAAUGCCAUUCUAUAAAAUCACCAUCAGGAAUUACAAAAAUCAUUUUACCUUCAAAUAGCAUUGUCCCUAUUGUCAGAGUGGUAAAAUUGUACCAAAUUUUAUUAUUAAUUUUUUACAGUAUAUAAAUAUAAUUAGUUAAACAAAAACAAGUUAUUAAAAUAUGUUGAUGUUAAUAUUUAAUGGUACGGCAUUUUGCAAUACUUUAAUGACAAUUUUUUCAUUUACCUGCUCUAUUUCAAAUUAAAAAUAAAUAAUAAAGAAACUCUUUCAGAAUAAAUUUUUCACCCAGAGUUUUUCUUUAAAAAUAAUUUCAUUUUUUACACCGAUUGUUCCACUAACCUUAUACAACGCAGACAAUUACAAUUAACAAUUGCACAAUUACAAUAACAACUGUUGUUUCUGAAUUUUUUCUACCUCGCGUGAUUUCUGUCAUUCCUAAUUUUCCAUUUAGGAAUUUGACACGGCAAAUUAAGUCCAUCACACGCUGUAACUAUAAAUCUCUCGGUCGUGAGGCGUGGUUAUAUCCUCAGCAAUGCAAUUCGUGAAAUAUUCCUUAUUGGCCAGAAAAACUGGGCAAAAAGAAACGCCCUUUAAAAAAAGUACAUCAAAUAUAGUUCGGAAAAUAUUUUCACAUAUUUUAUAAUUAUAUAAGAGAAACUUUAUAUCGUAAAAAGUUUUAUUUUCACGACUAUAUUUUCUCUAAAUUCGCAAAAUGUAUAACACUGUUUAUCCGAAAGCAACAACUGUUGUAUAUUAUAUUAAUUAGUUAAUCUAUUUUAUUCACUUGCAAUGUUGUAAGAAAAUUUUUUAACUGCUUCGCACAAAAAAUGUAUAAUUAGUUGUUAUAUCAAAUCGACUAGAAAAGGAGCGAAUCCUUCUGUGAUAAAUUUAAUUUCAUUAAGUCAAGUCUCGACUGUCGUGAAAUAAUCCUUUGAUUUAACGAUAAAAAUGUACCUAUACGAUAUAUUGAAUACUAUUUCGAAUGUAACUAUAUUAUUAUACGUAUACUGUAAAAUAAAUAAAUAUAAUAUGCAAACACAUUACAC